GGGAGGGGCUAGGCUGGAGGUCAGACGUAAUUAACAACGGUUUUCCCGAAUCUCUCCCCAGCCCCCACCACUUCGGUCCACCUCAUCCGGCUUUGUCCCUAGGCCUGAACAUCCAUGAUUUAGGGAAAGCAAACUCGAAAUGUACUCCCCCAUCCCUCUACGUGAUCUGCACCUUUAAACUUACCCCAUUCCUAAGCGGACCCCCGAGGCACCGCCCACAUCCGUCUAACAUCACUUCCUUCAGUGUUUGGAGAGAAAAAAAAUCUGGGAAUCCGAGGGGUUGGGCUGAGCGGCGAUAAGGGGGCAGAGCAGAGCUUCUGCUGGAAAUCCUGUGUUCCCUCAAUCCGGUGGCUCUGUGCAACUACCUCCGUGGAGAUGUCGCGUCGUUUCGGAGCCACCUGUUUGCUGAGCUUCAGUUUCCUGCUCCUCAUCACUUCUUCAGACGGACGCACUGGGCUUGGAAAGGGUUUCGGAGAUCAUAUUCACUGGAGGACUCUCGAAGAUGGGAAGAAAGAAGCAGCUGCAAGUGGCUUGCCGCUGAUGGUAAUCAUCCAUAAGUCUUGGUGUGGAGCCUGCAAAGCUUUAAAACCCAAAUUUGCAGAAUCUACAGAAAUUUCAGAACUGUCCCAUAAUUUUGUUAUGGUAAAUCUGGAGGAUGAAGAGGAACCCAGGGAUGAAGACUUCAGUCCUGAUGGGGGUUAUAUCCCACGCAUCCUUUUCUUGGAUCCCAGUGGCAAGGUGCGUCCUGAGAUCAUCAAUGAGAGUGGAAACCCCAGCUACAAGUAUUUCUACGUCAGUGCUGAGCAAGUUGUUCAAGGGAUGAAGGAAGCUCAGGAGAGGCUGACGGGUGAUGCCUUCAGAGAGAAACACUUUCAGGACGAGUUGUGACAUGAGCGAGUAUUCUGGAAGAAAAGCAGCAGGGAGAGAAUACUGAAGAACCACCCAGAACAGCUAAACCACCGGAAACCAUGCUUCUGCCUACACCGGAAGGAGCCCUCGCUGUGGGAGAGAGCUGCUGACAAGCUGGACUGUGGACCAGCAGCACGGCUGACUGACUGUCAUCUGCUCCCUCUCUCCUAAAUAUCCAUUCCUUUGAAUGUAAAGAAUGAAACUAUUUGAUACAAAACUUGAGCCACUUGGAGAUUAUUAACUCCGUGUCAGUAUUUGAGUCUUUACCCAUUUCCUCCUCCUGUCCUCAAGCGGAAGUGAAACAAACCGGAAGUAUGUUUUCUAUAGUGUACAGAUUGCGGGAAUUAUCAAUGUUUAAAGGAGGCAUUCUCCCUUUGUCUUGGUAAUACUUCUGGACGUCUUCCUGAGUCCCUGUGCCCUUCCUUCUUUGCUCAGGCACCCCUGUUUGCACGAAUGUGUGUGGAGAGUGGCUGUGUACAGAGACUCAGCCCCUACUGGAAGCAUGCUUUCCCUGUUGCUGUUAGAGAAACUCAAGCCUGCAAACCCUACAUGAAGCCAUUUUGUCAAUUCACCAACUGUAUUUUUGUACUGGGGUUAAAACAAACACGAGAUAAAAUAUGUUUCAUUAAGCUUUAUUAAAACUUGAAAUGGAAA